AUGUUUGUUUCGUUGCUUUUACGUGCUGCCGUUGUGGCGGCCGCGCCGUCAAUUGUUGAGCGCGGCAGCUCUGCAAUCACCGUGAGCAAGCAUAUGCCACAGGAUGCUGCCUCUAGCAUUCUUGCUCCGUUUGUCUCCUUUUCGAUCGAAUUUUCGUCCUUCCCCGACUUUGCAGGAAACAAAUCCAGGCCAAACAAAUUUUCCAACCAGUUGCUUGACAACCUGGCCGAUCUUCAAGGCGUGAAGCCAUAUAUCCGAGUGGGCGGAAAUACCCAGGAUUUCGCUCUAUAUGAUCCGAAUCUCAAGACACAAAUCAAUGGCACAGUGGUUCUGUCCGAAUCCGCCGACUACCCAUCCAUUAUAUCUAUCGGCCCAUCCUUUUUCGAGGCGUACGAGACGUGGCCAGGUACCAAGUUCAGCCAUGGUUUCAAUCUUGGGAAGAACACGACGGAGGCCAUGGACACACUCAUCGCCACAGUCCCACUGGCCUGUAAGGCCCUCAGUAAUGGACGGCUUGCCCACUGGGAAUUGGGCAAUGAACCUGAUCUUUUUAAGGGUAAGGUUCGUCCCAGUACUUGGUUGGAAAGUGACUAUGUCGGUGAAUGGCUGUCGAAGUCGCGGAUCAUAAAACGCCAAUUGUCCCAAGCCUGCCCUGGCAUGGUGACUAAGGGGGCAUACAAGUAUCUUGCCCCGUCGUUUGCGGGUACUGGCAAUAAGUUGGAUCCUGUGAAAACCUGGGAGGUGGGCCUUGAUACGGACCAUGACAUUGGGAUGAACUCGAUGCACAACUAUAUGGGCGGUGCAGACUCUCCUGGUGUCACCCUCGCUCAUACUCUGAUGAACCACACGGCGGUUGUCCAGAGUGUUGCACACCAUGUGGGUGUAAUGAAAGAUUUGCAGGAAAAGGGGUUGACCAAGGACGUCCCAUAUAUUCUGGGUGAAAUGAACUCGCUCUAUCACCAGGGCAAGCCAGGACUAUCGAACUCGUUUGGUGCUGCUCUCUGGGGCGUAGACUUCAACCUCUACUGCGCCUCCCAGAACAUUCGGCGCACGCACAUGCAUCAGGGAACCGACUAUCGCUAUGCAUCAUGGCAACCGGUACAAACCACCAAGACCACUAUCGGUACCAAGCCACCGUACUACGGCAACGCGAUGGUUGCGGCUAUGCUUCGCGGUAGGGAACCGGACGCCGUCCAGAUCGUCAACCUCCCAACGGGGCCAGAAACCGACGCUGCGUAUGCCGCAUAUGUCUCCGGCAAGCUGGCCCGUCUUGCCGUGAUCAACAUGCAGGAGUACAAUUACACAAGCGAUGCCGGUUCGGCCUCCCGGCCAUCCGCGACCUACCAGUUCCAUUUGCCCGAGGUUUCCGCGAAGUCCCUAUCGGUGCAGCGGCUCCUGGCAAAUGGGACCGAUGCUAUCACCGGUAUCACCUGGGAUGGCUGGUCAUACAACUACGAAUUGCAGGGCGGCGCCCCCGUUCGCUUGACGAAUGUGACGGCUGGCCAGAGCGUGCAAGUGGAUUCCGAGGGUUGGGUGGCAUUGGAGCUGCCCCAUUCGAGUGCUGCGAUCUUGAACAUCUCCUGA